AUGUCGACUACCGCUACUGCAACGACAACUGAAACUGUCACUCAAGCUGUCCAGAGCCUUACUCUGAAACCAGCUAAGCAACAUGUUGAAAUAUUCAGGAAAGAUUACAAGCCCACUAUAUACGACAUUGAGCAUGUGUAUCUAGAUUUCGAUCUUCAUGAGACCGCCACCGUUGUGAAAGCUGAAUUGUUGAUGCACCGAAAGGAAGGAACCGCUCCCGCUGACCUUGUGUUACACGGUGAUGAACUCGAUUGCAAAAAGGUUGCAGUAGAUGGCAAAGAACUAGAGAAACGUGCGAUCACCGGAUACAGCAUCGACGAUGAUGGAAAUCUCACCAUACCAGUCUCAUACUUACCUGCUGAGGCUGGAAAGCAGUUCAAGGUUAACACAGAAGUUGUGAUCAACCCAACGGCCAAUCUACAACUUUCAGGACUAUACAAAAAUAGUCAAUUGUUCACUACACAAUGUGAAUCGCAUGGGUUCAGACGUAUCACAUUUUUCUUGGACCGUCCUGACGUGCUCUCAAAGUUCAGAGUUCGAGUACAAGCGGACAAACAACAGUGUCCAGUACUAUUGUCUAACGGUAACAAGGUAAUGAGCGGUGUAUCAGGAAGUAAGAUCUUUGCCGAGUUCGUUGACCCCUACCCUAAACCUUCCUAUCUUUUUGCACUAGUUGCAGGAAACCUUAAGUCAAUACACAGCACUUUCCGCACAAUGAGCGGUCGUGAAGUUUUCGUUGAGGUGUCCUCGGAGCCGGAAGACUCGUCGAAAUUGCAUUGGGCGUUGGAGAGCGUUUUGAAGGCCAUGAAGUGGGACGAGGAGUCAUACGGUAGAGAGUACGACCUUGACGAGUUCCACGUAGUAUGCACACGCGCAUUCAAUUUCGGCGCCAUGGAGAACAAAGGUUUGAACAUAUUCAACUCUGCGCUCCUUUUGGCAGAUGUCAACACUACAACCGAUUCCGAAUUUAUCACUAUCAUGAGUGUAGUAGGACAUGAGUAUUUCCACAACUGGACUGGAAACCGUGUAACGUGCCGUGAUUGGUUCCAAUUGACCCUCAAAGAAGGUUUAACGGUAUUCCGUGAGGCAGAAUUUGCCGGAGACAUGUCGUCGCCACUGCUUACACGUAUUACAGAUGUACGUAAUUUGAUGACAUACCAGUUUACCGAAGAUUCUGGACCUAUGGCGCAUCCCAUCAGGCCGGAAAGCUACAUUUCUAUGGACAAUUUCUACACUACUACAGUGUACGAUAAAGGUGCUGAGGUAAUCGGUAUGUACAAGACACUUCUGGGCAAGGAAGGUUUCAGAAAGGGCAUGGACCUAUAUUUCGAGCGCCACGAUAUGCAGGCUGUAACGUGUGACGACUUCCGAGCUGCUAUGGCAGAUGCUAAUGGAGUUGAUCUAACACAGUUUGAGCGUUGGUAUUUCCAGGCAGGCACUCCAGAGGUAGAGGUUGUUGAGGCUGUUCGUGAAGGUAAUGCGUUCCGCCUGCGCUUGAGACAGCACACUCCACCUACACCACGUCAAGAAACAAAACUCCCGUUCCACAUACCUAUAAAGAUAGGUUUAUUGGGCAAGAACUCGAAGCGUGACCUUAAGGGUACUAUGGUGAUUGAACUACGUAAUGCUGAGGGCACCUUCAUCAUCAACGAUGUGGACGAAGACUGUGUAUUGUCAUUUAACCGUGGCUUUUCUGCGCCUAUUAAGGUAAAAUUAGAUCAAACAGACGAUGAUCUCUUGUUUUUGAUGUCACACGAUACUGAUGGAUUGAACCGUUGGGAGGCUGCUCAAAGAAUGCGUACAAAGGUCAUCCUGGAAAACCUUGAAAAGUCGGUACCCAUCAACGAAGCCAUUUUUGAGUCGAUUAAGUCUAUUCUAUCAUCUGAUCUCGAUGAUAACGAAAAGGCGUUGUGUAUCAUGCUACCGGACACUCAGACUCUGGUUGCUGAGCUGGAGACCUACGACCCUUACAUCUUAUGGGAUGCUGUACGUCGCGUUCGCAAAACAAUUUUGGACAAGUGUGAACCUGAAUUCUUGCGCCACUAUGAAAGGCUACGUGCGGAUGAUGACACUUUAGAAAAGGCUGACAUGGCUCGUCGCUACCUACGCAACACUUUGCUGGGAUACCUGGUGUGCCGUGGUGAUGCCGCUGCGGUCGAGCUCGCGAAACAACACUACAAGGCUGCUAGAACGAUGACCGAUCGUUACUACGCAUUUGUGCAGUUGAUGAAUAUGGACUUUGCUGGAAAGGAUGAUAUAGUGUCGGACUUCUAUGAGCGUGCUGAAGGGUUCGCUUUGGUGAUCGAUAAGUGGUUCAGUGCGCAGGCAUUCAGCGAUGCUACUGACUGCCUGGAGCGCGUACGUAAGCUGUCAACCCACAAAGAUUUCACCAACACAAACCCCAACCGUGCCAACUCGUUGGUUCGUGCCUUCACUCGCAGUGUACGAUUCCAUGACCCUUCUGGUGCCGGUUACAAGUUCGUAGCUGACCAGAUUUUGGCUGUGGAUCCAAUAAACUCGCAUGUAUCGUCGCAUCAGGCAAUCCACCUUACUAAGUUCAAGAAGUUGGACGCAACACGUCGAUCUUUGAUGAUCGCUGAGCUGGGCCGUAUCAUCAAGACCCCCGAUAUCUCCAAGAACCUUUACGAGGUUGUGCAGAAAUCGCUAGAUUAUGCAAAAGAACAGGGAUUUACCUCUUAG